GGGAGGGGUAAUUUAGAAAAAUAGCAGAGCGAACUGCGUUGUUAAAAAAGCGAAUUUUGAUGAUGUACUUUGAGAUGCAACGUAAGUAACCGGUUUUGUGAUUUGAAUUUGUCAAUUUUGGAUCGAUAUUGAAAGUGCUGCCAACAUUGGACGUGUAUGGUGCUGCCAACCGAAGGGAAUUAAAAUUCGAGAAUUUUACGAAUUUCAAGACCAUUUUACGUGCCCUAUUUAUUAAAUGCGCUAGAAAUUGGUAGCAUUACGCGAAACCCGGCUAACAUCGUGAUUGCCGUGAUUAGACCAUUUGUCAACAAUGGCGUCAGACCCACAUUUUAAAAAUCGACUUCAGGUCUUCAAGAACAAAGGGAAAGAUCAAGAUGAAAUGCGAAGGAGGCGGAACGAACAAACCGUCGAGCUUAGGAAGAACAAACGGGAAGAGACCCUACAGAAACGAAGGAAUGUCCCAAUCACCGACUCCACUGACGAAGACGACGUCGAUCGUUCUUUAUCAAAUACAAACUUAGAACAAAUCGUAGCACAAGCUGCACAAAUGGAUAAUCCAUCGAUACAGUUAGUAGCGGUACAGUCGGCGCGGAAGCUAUUAUCGUCAGACCGAAACCCACCGAUAGACGCACUAAUCGCUAGCGGCAUCCUACCGAUACUUGUACAAUGCUUAGAGUGCCAUGACAAUCCAGCCUUACAAUUCGAAGCAGCCUGGGCACUCACAAAUAUCGCUUCCGGUACGUCGGCGCAAACGAAUAAAGUCGUACAGGCCGGAGCGGUACCGUUAUUUUUACAACUUCUAAAUUCUCCCCAGCAGAACGUGUGCGAGCAAGCCGUUUGGGCUUUGGGAAACAUAAUCGGGGACGGUCCCAUUCUUAGAGAUUUCGUAAUUAAUCUAGGCGUCGUUAAUCCACUAUUAUCAUUUAUUAAACCCGAUAUUCCGAUUACGUUUCUACGUAACGUGACCUGGGUCAUUGUAAAUUUAUGUCGGAACAAAGAUCCUCCCCCUCCGAUCCAUACGAUCAAAGAGAUACUACCCGCACUAAAUAUUCUUAUUCACCAUACAGAUAUUAACAUUUUAGUCGACACAGUAUGGGCGUUAAGUUAUCUAACCGACGGCGGUAACGAACAAAUUCAGAUGGUCAUCGAUAGCGGGGUCGUGCCGAAACUAAUCCCCCUCCUCAGCCAUAAGGAGGUGAAAGUGCAAACGGCCGCGUUACGCGCCGCCGGCAACAUCGUCACCGGUACCGACGAACAGACACAGAUUGUAUUAAAUUGCGACGCUUUAGCCCACUUUCCUACAUUACUCACACAUCCCAAGGAGAAAAUCUGCAAGGAGGCCGUCUGGUUUUUGUCCAACAUAACUGCGGGCAAUCAGACGCAGGUUCAAGCGGUAAUUGAUGCAGGACUACUACCAAAAAUAAUAAGAAACCUCAGUAAAGGAGACUUCCAAACGCAAAAGGAGGCGGCGUGGGCGAUCAGCAAUCUUACAAUAGGCGGCACACGGGAGCAAGUGACGAGCUUAAUACAGGAGGGAGUCAUACCGCCGUUCUGUGAUCUGCUGACGUGUAAGGACGCUCAAGUCGUACAGGUCGUGCUCGACGGUAUUCAUAACAUGCUAAAAAUGGCGGGCACGGAGGUGGAACAGUUGACGAACAUGAUCGAGGAGUGCGGAGGGCUCGAUAAAAUUGAGCAGCUGCAAAAUCACGACAAUAUCGAUAUUUACAAACUUGCAUACGAUAUUAUUGAGCAAUACUUUAGUGAGGAUGCGGAGGACGAUUCUGCUUUAGCGCCGACAGCAGGCGAAACUGGGUUUCAUUUCGAUCCAAGUACAAAUCUACCGAGCAAAGGAUUUAAAUUUUGAUAUCUUACAGAAAAUUCACAUUAUAGUAUAAUAAUGUACGACCCGCUUCCAUUUAUGUUAACAUUUUAAAAUAUGUACGCUCAUUUUAUUCUUCUGCAAUUAUGGGCUUUUAAUUGUGUGUGAAGUUUUUAAUAUUUUAUAAAUUAGUGCAAUUGCCAAUAAUACCAUAGAGGAUGGUAGUCGGACGUUAAUUCCCCAAUUAAGUCCUAUAAAAUGAGCGUUCAUAGAGAAGAUCUGCUCAUGUGAUUAAAAAUUUUACUAUGAAUGCAAUUUGAUCAAAACUAUAUUAAAACAACUGUUAAUUUAUUUAUAUAUCGGGUCUUAAAUCAUUGUUUAGCAGCCCCAGAUUCAUAGUUUUAAAUUAUGAUGGAAUAAAUCAUUUAUCUUAACUGUUAAUAUAACUUAUUACCUGA